UUAAAUUAUUUAAAAAAUACCGAUGCGCACCACGCGCCGGAACAAAAAUAUCCCACCCAAACAACUCCACCCUACCGCACCCCAAAUUCGCAAUCCCUCUCCACCUCUCCUCCCACCGCAGCAGCAGGCAAGCGCGAGGCGGAGGCGGAGAGAUGGAGUCGGACCAGGGCAAGCUCUUCAUCGGCGGCAUCUCCUGGGAAACAACGGAGGAGAAGCUGAGCGAGCACUUCUCCGCCUACGGAGAGGUUACGCAGGCCGCCGUCAUGCGCGACAAGACGACGGGCCGCCCCCGAGGCUUCGGGUUUGUCGUCUUCGCCGACCCCGCCGUCGUCGACCGAGCGCUGCAGGACCCCCACACCCUCGACGGCCGCACGGUCGAUGUGAAGCGGGCACUCUCGCGGGAGGAGCAGCAGGCCUCCAAGGCCGCAAACCCUAGCGGUGGGAGGAACACUGGCGGAGGAAAUGGCGGCGGCGAUGCAAAUGGUGCUCGGACGAAGAAAAUAUUCGUGGGCGGGCUGCCCUCUACUCUGACUGAGGAUGGGUUUCGGCAGUAUUUCCAGACCUUCGGCAUCGUCACUGAUGUUGUUGUCAUGUAUGACCAGAACACGCAGCGCCCCCGUGGCUUCGGAUUCAUCACCUUUGACUCGGAGGACGCGGUUGACCACGUGCUGCAGAAGACCUUCCAUGAUCUUGGUGGGAAGCUGGUUGAGGUGAAGCGUGCAUUGCCCCGUGAGGCGAACCCUGGUGGCUCUGGUAGUGGGCGUUCUGGGGUGAGUGGGGGUUACCAGAGCAACAAUGGCCAUAACACCAGCUCUGGUAGCUAUGAUGGUAGAAGUGAUGGUGGCAGGUACGGGCAGGCACAGCAGGGUAGUGGUGUCUAUCCUGGCUAUGGUGCUGGGGCAGCUGGAUAUGGAUAUGGUGCUAACCCUGCAAUUGGAUAUGGAAAUUAUGGGGCUGGAGGAUAUGGAGGUGCUCCUGCUGCUUAUGGUGGACAUUAUGGAAACCCAGGUGCAGCUGGUUCUGGUUACCAAGGUGGACCCCCAGGCUCAAAUAGAGGACCUUGGGGCAGUCAAGCUCCAUCUGCAUAUGGAACUGGAGGGUAUGGUGGCAGUGCUGGCUAUAGUGCUUGGAACAACUCUUCUGGUGGUGGCAAUGCUCCCACUAGUCAAGCCCCUGGCGGACCUGCGGGCUAUGGAAGCCAGGGUUUUGGGUAUGGUGGAUAUGGAGGUGAUCCAUCGUAUGGUAGUCAUGGGGGAUAUGGAGCUUAUGGAGCGCGAAGUGAUGGUGCUGGCAAUCCUGCUACUGGUGGAGCAUCUGGAUAUGGUGCAGGGUAUGGAAGUGGGGGUGCCAACUCUGGCUAUUCAAGUGCUUGGAGUGAUCCUUCACAAGGUGGUGGAUUUGGUGGUUCAGUCAAUGGAGGUUCUGAAGGGCAAUCAAACUAUGGCACUGGCUAUGGCAGUGUGCAGCCCAGGGUUGCUCAGUAAAGAAGGCAUUUUGAGUGUCUGAAAUGAACCAGCACAUCUGGGCAGUCUAUGUAUUGAUUUGUCAUUCCAGUUCUGAUUUGUUCUCAGCAUUCUGAAGAUUGCCCAUUUGCUGGUUAAAUCAGUAUUUCUCCGGGUUGAAUGGGAUGACAUUCCUUUUCAGAGAUGAUACCCAAGCAAGGUUAUGAAAUCAGGCAUCUGAAAAAAAAUGUGGCAGUGAUUUUACAUGACGAGCUGGUAAAAAGUUGCAAUAUUGGGGUGCAGACAGAAUGCAAGAUACCAGCUUGAGCGUUUCAUUGUCUGAAGGGUCUUGUGCUGUGCUACAAGAUAGUGACGAAGUGCAACAUGCUGACUCGAGCAGUCGAGCUGCUGUAGCUGGGUCUUGGGAAGGGUCUCGGCUGUGUGUCUGCAUACUGAUGAUCGGUGAUGCUUACGAUAUAGGAAUGCCCCAAUGUAUAGGUGAACUUUUAGUGCUAUAGAGGCUUCCUUUUGUUGUCAUGAUGUCUAUGCUCUUUAAGUAGCUGCAUAACACCAUGUAUACUCAGUAUAGUUCUACACCUGGGUAUGGAAGCCAUUCGUGUUUUUGUUUAGUAUGAAUGCCAUGUAAUUGUACAUUAGGUUGACAAUUCAGUUGUUGCUAAAUCACGCUCCACUAGUGAAUUGUGUAAAUGGAAAGAAAUGAAAUGCAUAUAUAUAAAACUCUGAUCCUUUACUGCUCUGAUUUGACACUGAUGGGUUAUUUGACUUGUUCCUUAUUACUCUCUCCGGCUCCAGUGGCCUCUGGCGUUGGAAGCGAAGGGGACCGGGGCAUCUUGUGGCUGGUGUGUAUCAUCUUCCUACCAUCCUAGGACAUCUAAUUAGUUUGAUUAGUUUCUUCCCCGUUCUAGUGGACUCGGUUGCUGCUUUUGGCUUUCACCGAAUCCUCUCCAAAGGUGGCGCUGGUGCUACUGUUCCUUAUGGUGAUGAUUUUACUUCUGACCAUGAUUGUUACAGCGGUAAGGCGGUCUUAGGAUCUUUUAACCUUUAAGCAUGGAGACGACUUUAUAUACAUGUAAGUAAGGUGAAUAAUAACAAAAAAAAAAUGCAUAGCUAAGUAGAUAGACCAUAUAUAUAUCAUAGAACAUACAAGCCUUAAUGAAUAGCAUAAUUUAUAAAAUAGUAUAAUUGAUAGUUCAUAAAACUAACAAACAGUAGUUCAUAAAACUAACAAGUCCAAAAUAUAUAGUUCAUAAUUUUGUAAACUAACAAGUCCAUAAAAGAACACAAGGCAACAUUAAAUUUAGAUUCUCAACACUUAGGGCCUGUUUGGUUUGUGGCUAAAUGUGUCAUACUUUGUCUAAUGUUAGUUGUUCGAAUUGAAUAACUAAUCUUAGGCAGAAAAGUUAGGCAAAAUGUGGUAACUGAGGUAGUGAACCAAACAUGUCUUUAGAUAGAUCUGGGCCGCCUCUCUUGGACAGCUGCCCCUCUAGGGCUGCUGCCAGCCUACCACCCAUGUGCCGCGUCGCCGCAACAAAGUGCACAUAUCUUCUCCCUCCUCUUUUAUGCAUCCAUGACAGGGACCUCACGCGCUCGUGUCAAAGAGGAGGCCAUGGCCUUCCGCAAGAAGAUGGCAUGCUUGUUACGGCUCAAGGUGCAGACAAGGAGGCUGUCAACGCACACACUCGCGCCCAAGUAGGAUGGCAACGCGCAAUCCCCCGUCGGGGAAUACCUCCCCGUCCCCGCGACGAUUUUUUUUCCGUAGGGAUUCCCACGAAUACUUGUGGGGAACAUUUCUUCUCUAUCCCUGUUUUUCGCGGGAUAAAUCUCCAAAAGUGAUCCCUAUCUCUGUUUAAAUUAUAAUUAAAAUAUGCGUUAUUUAUUAUUAAUAUUAAACAUUAUCACUUAUACACAUUAUCAGAUGUAAGAAAUCAUUAUGCACACAUCAAAAUAAAUAUAUUUGUACAA